AUGGUUCUCAAGCUUGACAUGUCAGGCCGGCUCCAGAUCAGCUUUCGGGACGGCGACGUCGCCAUUGUUCCCAAGGACCCGGUGGUGACGGAACUCCUCGCCUCCUGCACCCAGAUCGUGGAUGUGAGGGGUGACGUGCUCAGCGCCUCGAACGAGAAUUACGACGGCUCCUUUACUCCCUCGCACAACCUCGAUCUACUAGGUUCAAGGCUCACCAAGCUCAAAAUGGUACGAAUCUUCAACUUUCAACAUUCGUACGGUCGAGUGCCGUUCAACGCACCGACAUGGGUCGUAUCCAUGAAGGCGUACCCUCGCAUGGAUGACGCGGCGUUUGGAUUAGUUGGUUCCCUAGACCCCAUUCUCACAUGUGCUUUGCGACUGGUACUAAACAUUACCACGAGCGAGAGGUAUGGCAAACCUCCGUCCACAUCCAACCUCAACGCCCGUUGUCUUCUGCUGGAGCACUACGAAAUGGACAAUGUGGUGAUCUUCAACAAGGAAGACGUAGUUCCUGCAACGGAAUUACCCGAAUGGUUUGAUGGCGACACUGAGGAAGACAUGGUCGACAUUGUGCGCUUUGCUGUACAAGAUGACAUCGUCGAGGCCAUGUUCUGGAACUCUGCAAAGUUUUGGAUCGUCGACUGCGGCUACUUGACACAUUCGCACCUUCAAGAUAGUGAUGGCGGAGAACACGAGAGAAUGGAGACGGUGAUCCGCAACAGAAUCGCGGCAUAUCCCCCUCCAUACUCUGGGGAAUACGAGUAUUGCCGCCUAAACCAGUUCCGCGACAUAGUUGGAGAGGGGCAGUUUGCCCUCGAAACAAUGGCCGACGCUCCCGACCUGCAUGUGCUUCCACCCUUGGUGCCUGUCUCGGAGGCUAUACAGGACCGUCUCGCAGAAGUACACGAGGUGGUUGCUGCAAAUAUAGCUGCGGCGGGGCCGCAAUCACCAGAGCCGUGA